UGAUCCCUUCUCCCCCGCCAGAGGGCGCGAGAUGCGAGGGUUGAGAGUUUCGCGCCAAAUCGAGAAGUAAACAAACCUCCAGACGGGCUUGGCGCUGCUGCUCCUGUCAUUACUCGUGUCACCACAUUAAUACUUGCAGUAUGUGGAGCGAUUCAGCAGGUGGAGGCUUCAACACCAGCUUUGGGGGAGACAAUGGAGCAGGUUAUGGCACACAACAGUUCGCCUCCCCGGGCCCUGAAGCUAAAAGGCAAAACCGCAGGAUAGAGAGUGUGCUGCCUCUCACCAUCCAGACUGUGUUGGGUCUGGACGAGAACAACCAGGAAUAUCUUGGCACUCCGGUCAACAUGGUAACAGUGAUGGGUCUGAUCCAAGAGGUGAAUGUUACCAGCACCAAAGUGACUUACACACUGAACGACACCACAGGCACCAUAUGCGCUAUCAAGUGGCUUGACUCGGAGACUGAGGAGGAACCCUUGAUGGAGAACACUUACUGCCAGGUGCAUGGAACCUUCAAGACCCACCAGGGCAACAAGCAGCUCCUUGCCCUGCAUCUGGAGCCCAUCACUGACCUUAACUGGAUCACUGCGCAUAUGCUGGAGGUGGUGUACACAGCUCUGCAGCUCCAGCGCAUAAAGACAGAGGCGAGUGACAGUGGCCUCGGCAAGGGUGCCUUGGCAGGGAGCAGUGAUGGCAUGUCAAACUCCAUGGUAGGCUUUGGGGGUCUGGCUGGCCCUGGGAUGCCUGGUGGGGACAUGGGUGGCAGUGGCAGUGGUGGGUACUCCUUGAUGGGCCUCACAGCACAGCAGAAGAUGGUGUUUGAGGUGAUCCGGUCAAUUGUGGAUGAUAGUGAAAACACUGGCUACUCGAGGGAACACAUCAAGGCGAAACUCAAGGGCAAGGUGACGCCGCAGCAAGUCGAUAAUGUGCUCUUCUUCUUGAGUAGUGAGGGACACGUUUACACCACUGUGGAUGAGGACCACUUCAGAGCCACUGAUGGUUAGCUACACAGUGUCUCAGCCAUCAGUCCUGGAAGUGUAAGGACAUACUUCUGAAUUUCUGUAGUAUUUCUUAAGUAACUAAUUACUUGUGCAUUCCCAGUUAAAGAUCCAAAGCUGUUUAGUAUGAUACUGAAAUAAUUGUAUACUUGACAUAAUGUUUGUAUACUAAGAAUUGCUGCCUUUUUUAUCGUGUUCCAAUUUUGUAUGAUACAUAUAUAUAUAUAUAUAUAUAUAUAUAUAUAUAUAUAUAUAUAUAUAUAUAUAUAUAUAUAUAUAUAUAUAUAUAUAUAUAUAUAUAUUCAUUAUUAAGAGGAAAACUAGAAAUUAUGUUGUUUUAAAUUUGCUUUUGUACAUGUAUAUCAUUAAUGUGAAGUCAGACUGUGUAGAAAUUCAGCAAAGCAAUAGUAAGAAACUUGCACAUUUAUACAAAAGACUUGAAUGAUUGCACAAGAAAUCAAGAGAAUAAACUUAUUAAACAUGAGCUUAAUUCUGAGAUGAUGCUGUU